UCACCCUCACACAGACCGACUAAGAUUGCUACUACGUUAUCUAAAGCCUAAAUUGUUAUUUUCCAUUACAUGGCUUCUUCACUAGCCAAAUCCAACGACAAAGACAAGAACAAGAUCACGAUUCGGCAAGAAACGGAAACGCCAGAUUUUGUGUCUACUCAUCUUUACAUCAAACGUAUUCCUCCCACGCAAGCACUUGAUCGGGACGUCGUUCUAGGACGCAUACGCCAACGCCAACGCGCAAGUAAAGUCAGAUCAGUAUUCCAACUGCUGUUUGGUUUCCCAUUUUUAAGUAAAAAGCACGAAGGUUAUAACGAUCACGAUGAAGAUGAUGCUUUCACAGUGUCUUGAAUCUUGGACGAAAUAUUUGUCAUAUAUUACCUGACAUGAUGAUGUCAUAGUUUGUAAAUUGUAACUUGUAUUGUUGUUUUGUUACCAAGAAGGGGGUUAAGCUAGUGAACAAAACCACUUCAAUUUCUCUGGACUGUGAUUAGGUGAUAAUCUUAAAUAAACUCAGACUAACAUGGGAGAAAUGUCAAAGGAAUGAAGAUGGACGUCAAGUGUUAUUCAGCCUUCUUUUUUUUUUUUUGAACAAAGGCAUAUUAUUCAGCCUUCUUUUAAAGCUUAUUCUCACUAUUUCCCCAUUUAUACAAACUCUUGGAAGAUUCAAAAGU